AUGCCUGUGGGAGAGCUCUUUCUGUCUGCGUUCCUUCAGGUGCUGUUCGACAGACUGGCGUCCAGGGAGUUGCUGAAUUUUGCACGUCGGGAGGGGGUCAAUUCAAAGCUGAAAAAGUGGGAAGAAACGUUGAAGAUGAUUGAAGCAGUGCUCAACGAUGCAGAGGAGAAGCAACUGACAAGCAGGGCUGUGAAGAUGUGGCUGGAUAAUCUCCGAGAUUUGGCCUAUGAUGUGGAGGAUAUAUUGGAUGAAUUUGCAACUGAAGCUUUAGGGAACAAGAUGGUGGCGGAAGAUAAGGCUAGCACUAGUAAGGUUCGGAGCUUCAUCCCUGCUAGCUUCCAUACUUGGAGCCAAAGUGCUAUAAAAUUCAAUGUUAGCAUGGGGUCCAAGAUGAAAGAAAUCACUCGCCGGAUGGACGAUCUAUGUAAGCAAAGAAUUGAUCUUGGAUUGGAGAAGAUUGCUGGAGGGUCAUCAACUUCUGAACGGCAAAGACUUCCACCCACCACAUGUCUGCCAAUUGAACCUGCUGUUUAUGGUAGAGAUGGGGAUAAAGCCAAAAUAAUCAAUAUGAUGUCCACAUGUGAAUCAGGUGACAAUAAUUUUGUUGUAAUACCCAUUGUUGGCAUGGGAGGAGCCGGCAAAACAACUCUUGCUCGACUUGUGUACAAUGACAAGGCAAUGGAAGAUUUUAAGUUCGACGCAAAAGCAUGGGUUUGUGUCUCCAAUGACUCUGAUAUUUUGAGAAUCUCAAAAGCGAUUAUCGAGUCUAUCACUCUCUCACCCUGCAAUUUGAAGGAUUUGAAUCAAGUGCAGCUCCUUCUAAAAAGGGAAAUAGCAGAUAAAAGGUUCUUGCUUGUAUUGGAUGAUGUUUGGAGCAGUGAUUAUCGGUUUUGGGAAACUUUAAAAUCUCCCUUUAUGGCCGGAGCAUCUGGAAGUAAGAUCAUUGUUACUACACGUGAUGAAAAUGUUGCACGAAGAACAACACCUGGUGAAUAUUAUUACUUGAAACUUUUAUCAGACAAUGACUGCUGGUCUGUGUUUGCGAAACUUGCAUUUAUGGGGAGAGAUAUUAAUGCAUGUCAAAAGUUGGAAUCGUUUCGUGAGAAAGUUGUUGAUAAGUGUGGAGGUUUGCCUUUGGCAGCAAGGACUCUUGGUAGCCUUCUACAAUUGAAAAAGAGAGAAGAUGAGUGGGAGAAUAUAUUGAACAGCAAAAUUUGGGAUUUACCAAAUAACAAUGAUGAGAUCAUCCCGGUGUUGAAAUUAAGCUACCACCACCUUUCUUCACAUGUAAAGAGAUGUUUUGCAUACUGCUCUGUUCUACCAGAAGAUUAUGAAUUUGAAGAGGAAGAACUCGUCUUUUGGUGGAUGGCAGAAGGUCUUGUUCACGAAUCAAAAGAUAACAAACAAUUGGAAGACAUAGGAGGGGAGUAUUUUCGUGAUCUAGUUGCGAGAUCACUUUUCCAACAAUCAGAUAGUGAUAAUUCUAAAUUUAAAAUGCAUGACCUUGUGAGCGAUCUGGCUCAAUGGGUUGCCGGAGAAACAAGUUUAAGGCUGGAAGAUGGAACGAGGACAAAUAAGCAACUGAAAAGCUUUGAAAGGGUACGUCAUUCUUCUUAUACUUCUACUCGAUUUGAUGGUAAAAACAAAUUUGAGGUUUUGCAUGAACUUGAGCACCUAAGAACAUUCCUACCUGUAGUGUUAUACAAUGAUGAUUAUGAUGGUCAUCGUCGCCGUCAUUAUUAUAUAACAAAUCUGGUGCUCUCUGAUUUGCUGUUAAAGCUCAAAAAAUUAAGGGUGUUAUCUCUAAGAAGAUAUUAUAUCGUGGAGAUUCCUAAUUCAAUUGGAGAUAUGAAACACUUGAGGUACCUCAAUCUUUCCGGCAGUAUGAUCAAAACUUUGCCUGAAUCAACAAGUUCUCUGUUCAACCUGCAAUGUUUGUUAUUAAAAGAUUGUCCUCGUCUCAAGAAGUUGCCAGAGAAAAUGAGACAUCUGAUCAAUCUACGCCAUCUUGAUAUUGGAGGUGCAAAUCAAAUAAAAAAUAUGCCACAGGGAAUGAGAGAAUUGAGAUGUCUGCAAACUUUAUCAAAUUUUAUUGUGGGCAAGAAUGUUGGAUCUAGUUUGAAAGAUUUGAAAGAUUUAAAGUUUCUUCACGGAAAGCUUUGCAUUUCAGGAUUAGAGAAUGUGGCCAAUUUAAGAGACAUCGGAGAGGCCUUAUUAAGUGAUAAAAAAGGCUUAGAAGUAUUGUCAUUAGAAUGGAGCUCUCAAAUUGAUAACUCACGAAAUGAGAUUGAAGAGGAAAAUGUACUUAAUAUGCUUCGACCAAAUAAAAAUAUAAAAAAGUUGACAAUCAAAGGCUAAUGUGGGAAGAGAUUUCCAUCUUGGAUUAGAGAUUCAUCUUUAUCCAACAUAGUUGUUUUAAGAUUGGAGAAUUGUGCAAAAUGUACUUCUCUACCUUCACUUGGAAAAUUAAGAUCACUCAAAGAUCUCACCAUCAAAGGGAUGACAGAAAUAAGAAGUAUCGGUUCUGAAACUUAUGGAGAGAACUCCUCAAAGCCUUUUCAGUCACUAGAGACUCUUUGUUUUGAAGAUUUGCCAGAAUGGAAGCAUUGGGAGCCUAUCGAUGAAAGUGAUCAUGAUGGAAUUUUGCCUCACCUCAGCAACCUUUCAAUUCUGAAAUGCCCCAAUCUCAUUGGAAAAUUACCUAGCAAUCUUCCUUCAUUGAAAGAACUUGUAAUUCGUGAAUGCCCGCAAUUGGUGGUUUUGUGCUCCAGCCUUCCAGUGCAGAGCAACUUAGACAUAGAUGGCAGCAAAGAGAUUGUGAGCAGUAAUCCAGUUGAUGUCAAUCCACAGAACCCUAUGACUUUAGGACAAGUUUCAGAGUUUGGUAAUUGGUUAAAGCAAGGGUACCAGAAAGUUGAACGGCUAAGUAUUAUUGAUUGCGAGAAACUCAUAUAUUUGUGGCAAAGUGAGACAUCUCUUGAGAAGCCUUCACAAGGGUUGCAUAGCUGCAGCUCCCUCAAAACACUAUGUAUUCAAGAUAGCCCAACUCUUGUUUCUUUUCUAGAGGACAGUUUUUUGCUGAGUCUAAGUGAACUUGAGAUUAUAAAUUGCCAUGCGUUAACAUCCUUACCUGAGGGAAUGAAGCAUGAAAAUACUUCUCUUGAAAGGCUGCAAAUUGAAGGUUGUCAUUCACUUGCAUUCAUUGUCAAAGGUCAGCUACCUCCAUCUCUAAAACAGCUAUCAAUAAAAGAUUGUGAGAAAUUGCAGUUUUUGUUUGGUGAUACAGAAGAAAAAUAUAGUGCCUCUACAUCUCUUCUUGAGGACUUGUGUAUCAAACAAUGUCCAUCUCUAACAUGCAUAUCACCAAGAGGCCAAUUACCCAUGGCACUCACACAGCUUAAAAUUCGGAAUUGCUCAAAGCUAGAGUCGAUAGCAGAGAGGUUCGACAGUAACAUGUCUAUUCGGACAAUAUUUAUCUCUGUAUGUGAACAUCUCAAUUCGUUACCAGAGGGCCUGUGCAAUCUUAACCGUCUUUAUCAAAUAACGGUAACGUCUUCAAACCUUGUUUCCUUCCCAGAAGGAGGGCUUCCCAAUACCAAUUUAUUUGUUUUUUUGAUUGACUGUGAGACGCUUAAAGCCCUGCCCGACGGUAUACACAAUCUCAGCUGUCUCCAAGCAUUAUCAAUAUCGGGUUGUCCAAGUAUCAAAUCGUUUCCAGAAGAAGGUUUCCCUACCAGCCUAAGAAUUCUGGGAAUUGGUGGUAAUCACGAAAUCUAUAAGCCUUUGAAGGGGUGGGGUUUGCACAAGUUCACCUGCCUUACAACCCUGUGGAUACAUGGAUGUCCAGAUGCAGUGUCUUUUCCCGAGGAUGAGAUAGGAAUGACGUUGCCCACCUCUCUAAUUGAUCUGCACAUUUCAGAAUUUCCUAAAUUGAAAUACUUAUCUUCCAGAGGUUUUCGUGACCUAACCUCUCUUGGAUUGUUGAGAAUUUAUAAUUGCCCAAAGCUUACAUCUUUUCCAGAGGAUGGCCUGCCAACUUCACUUGUGCAAUUACAAAUUCGAGAUUGUCCUUUGCUGAAAAAACAAUGCAAGAGAGAUAAAGGACGAGAAUGGUCUAAGAUAGCAAACAUGCCUUUUGUCGAAGUAGAUUCCCGAUUCAUCUAUGAACCAGAGGAGGAUGAAUGAGCUCUAUUUAAUCUCAGAAACAAGUGUAUAAGAGUCAAAUUUCAAAUUUCCAAUGUGUCACAAAUUCACCAGUUGGUGGUAUGAACAUAUCAAGUUACGAGCAAGAAGACAUUGAUGAAGAAAAGUGGGAUCUACUCAAUCCUGAAAUUAUUUCUCGUCGGGCUACCAUUAAUAUUGGCGUUAUAGGUCAAGCGGGAUGUGGCAAAUCAACUUUAUGAAAGCAAUGUGUGAGGAAAUCUUACUCCAACUGUAAAUGGAAUACAACACGAGAUUCCACUGGACCGAAAGAUUCAAUGGAAUGCAAAAUUUUUGGAGAGAGUUACAAAUGACGGACUAUGCCCAGACUUGGAAGCAGAAGGAGAUCAAUUAUCAGUGCAAGCAAUG